AUGGCCGCCACCACGGCUCUCGCCGCACCAGCAACGUUGGCAGGGUUGGCCUAUCUCAAUGCUCGAUGGAGACUUCCGGUCGAUCUCGACCUACUUGGUUCCCUAAUCAAGACUCGGACCGCCUUCGCCAGACGCGAGCGGGCCGAUCGCACCAAUUCCUUCUACUUGAUUGAGGAACAUGCCCAUGACCCAAAGAUUAAGGAUAUGACUUUCAUCAUAUACCGGGGACGAUCAUGGACUUUCAAACAGACCUACGAUAUGGUACUGCGAUAUGCGGGGUACCUCCAUUCACAACACUCUAUUCAGCCCGGCGAGAUUAUCGCCCUAGAUUUCAUGAAUAGUCCCCAGUUCCUGUUCUUGGUCCUAGCAGUCUGGUCUCUUGGUGCUUUACCAGCUUUCAUAAACUACAACCUAACAUCCACAGCCUUCGCCCACAGUGUUCGAGUCUCGACUGCACGGUUAUUGAUCAUUGACCCUGAAGUCGAGCCAAAAGCCCUGACUGAAGAGACAAGAUCGACCCUCCAAGCACCCAACUUUCGCAACGAUGCCUUCCCACUAGAAAUCGCCGUCCUGUCACCAGGUCUACAAUCCUCACUCGAAUAUUACCCACCAUUCCGCGCCACUGACACUGCGCGAUCAGGCGCGAUUGCUCACUCGCCAUGUGCCCUUAUCUUCACCUCGGGAACCACCGGUCUCCCCAAAGCCGCCAUCGUACCCUGGGACCGUACAGUCGUGGGAUCCGGGAUGAUGGGGCGAUGGAUAGGUCUUCGACCCGUGACCUCCAAGAAACCCGACCGCUACUACACCGCCAUGCCUUUAUACCACUCGGCUGCUCUCCAGCUCGGCUUCCAUUGCUGUCUCUCCCGCCCUGCUACACUCGUCCUAGGCCGCAAAUUCUCUGUCUCCAGCUUUUGGGACGAAGUUGUAGCCGCCGAUGCGACGGUCAUCCAAUACGUCGGCGAAACACUCCGCUACCUGCUCGCUGCUCCACCCCAACCCGACGACCGCGCGAAACACCACGUCCGGCUGGCUUUCGGCAACGGACUACGUCCUGAUAUCUGGGACCGCUUCCGAGAUCGCUUCGGCAUCGAAACGAUUGCAGAGUACUACGGCGCGACCGAAUCUGUUGCUGCGAGCUGGAAUCUGAGUCGAAACACAUUCUCCUCAGGCGCGAUCGGCCAAGUCGGACUGCUCGGCGAACUCUAUUAUUCCAAAGCACAAUCUAUCGUCGAGGUCGACUGGGAAACGGAAACGCCACGCAGAGAUCCGAAAACAGGCUUUUGUGUCAAAGUCCCGAGGGGGGAGCCAGGUGAGUUGCUCUAUGCCAUUGAUCCAAAGGAUAUUGGGAGGAAAUAUCAGGGAUAUUUCGGCAAUAAGAAGGCGUCCGACUCAAAGAUUUGGAGGGAUGUGCAUAAAAAGGGAGACGCGUGGUUCAGGUCGGGCGAUAUCGUCAGGUUUGACAAGGAAGGUAGGAUCUGGUUCUCCGACCGAAUUGGCGAUACGUUCCGUUGGCGUAGCGAGAAUGUCUCCACUGCCGAAGUUGCACAAGUAUUAGGUCAACACCCCGCUAUCGUCGAAGCCAACGUCUACGGGGUCCAGAUACCCAACCACGAUGGUCGUGCUGGGUGUACCGCGGUCUUCCUAAAGGGUGUAACGAAUCCAGAUACACCAGUACCGGAGAGUGUGCUGGAGAGCAUAGCCACCUUCUCUCGCAACAGUCUACCGAAGUACGCGGUACCUGUGUUCUUGAGGGUCGUGACGAAAGUCAUGGCGACCGGGAACAAUAAACAGCAGAAACACGUCUUGAGAGCGGAGGGAGUGGAGCCGGGAAAAGUUGGUGGUGGUGAUAGAAUAUUCUAUUUGAGACCUGGAAGCGAUAGAUUCGAACCCUUUGGGAGCAAAGAAUGGAAUGAAGUGGAGGGCGGGAAGGUGAAGUUGUGA